ACUGCAGCGUUUUCAAGAAUGACCGACGGCGGAGACGCGCUUAGCCGGAGAUUGCGAAUCCCCGAGCGAGGCAGACCAAAUCCCUCCAACCACGAUCAGUCGUGCCGGCACGCUCCGGCCGGUCACGUAGCUGGCGUCGUCUCUGUAAUAAAAUGACACUCCGACAAGCAAAAAGAAGUGGGCCCGAAGUUAAAAGGGACACCAGACGCCCUCCAUGUUCCAACAGCAUCCACGCUCGGUUCUCUUCCGCUUCAUCGCCUGCACUCUUUCGGUGCCGCUUUUCGUGUCGCGAUGGAGGAAGACAAGGCCAGCCCAUCAGAUUUAAGCAGCUUUCAAGCAAUAAAAUCUCGAAAUAUUGUUGAUUUAAGCAAGAAAAGGAAGCAUCUAUCUGAGCAUUGUGAGUUGCCUCUACCAAAGCACAAGUGCUUGGAUGGAGGCUUUGAUCCAGUUCUGCUCUCCGAGUAUGAUGCAAACCCAGAUAUUGAGGACUUGCCUGCAUUCAGAAUAAAGAGGCCAACUGAGGGAGGUUGCAAUCAUGAUGAAUCACAACCUGAAUCAGCAAAAGGCAGCAACAGCUUUAGUGAAGAUUCUGACACUGCUACGUCUGCUUAUGGCGGGUUUAAUUUAGGCCCAGAUAUUGCUGUGAUAACCAAUGGAGCUUCCACUUCCUCUGUCAAAUGGGCCUGGAACAGUUCACAAGACAUGCCUCAUUACUCUAGUGCUGACAAAGCUAUAACGAGAGUUGAUAACAACAAUGUUGAUAACAACAAUGGAGUUGGGAAGCAUGAUCCUCCCGAUCAAGACAAUGAAUUGCAAAUGUUACUUGAAGAGCAGCUUUUAGAAUUUGGAUGCCAUAUGGGAUACACAAGUGAAUAUGCAAAUGACUGCUUGGACACGUGUGCAACCGAAGAAGUGGAAGACAGCAUUUACUCCAAUGCUUCAAAACCAGAUAAUCUUGUUCUUUCAUCAGGAAGAUGGAAUACUAACCAUGAUACUCUUCACGGGACUAGAAAACCAACAAUUGAUCAAGAAUUUGAAGAUUACUUCUCCACGCUCAUGAUGUAGGGAAGCUUAAUUGAAUUUGUAAAUAUGCAUAACUGAAUUACUGACUUGGUUGAUUGAAGGCAAUGUUCCUUAUAUACAAUUGCACUAAAUUUUCUUCACUUUGGAAAUUAGGGAUGCGGAUUUGCUUGUGCCCUUUUGCUAUUAAUAUUCUGUGAUUAGGUGCA